AGGCAGGGAUGAUUGGCGAGGCCCUGCGGAGAGAAUAUGCUUCGGGAGUUCGCAUGUAGAUCCACGGCGCGAAGUCCUCCGACCCAAUGCUAUAGUCUUAAUUAACGAUGACCAGACCGAGAAUCAGCGGACAAAUUUGGACCGUAGACAAUGAAAAGCCAACAAAAACGACCAAGAAAAGGAGUCCAAGAAAACGAAACCAGUGGACACAGAGAGGGGAAGAGCGAGGGAGAGAGGGAGAGAGAGCAGGGUCAAGCCAAGAAACAUGGGUUCUCCCUGUCUCACACUCUUCGCCCUUUUAUGUCUUGUUGUGGGGACUGCUGCAAGGCCUUUCUACCCUCUCCCCAGCAAAGUGGCAGAUGGAGAAAGACAACCGCUACAGACCUCUCGUCCUUAUAAUAUAGCCCAUCGAGGUUCAAAUGGAGAGCUUCCUGAAGAGACUACUGCUGCUUAUAUGAGAGCAAUUGAAGAGGGCGCAGACUUCAUUGAAACAGAUAUUUUAUCCUCAAAAGAUGGUGUUCUUAUAUGCUUCCAUGAUUUUACACUUGAUGAUACAACUGAUGUUGCUCAACAUAAGGAGUUUGCUGACCGUGAAAGAACCUACGAAGUCCAAGGUGCUAACACCACCGGCUUCUUUACUGUUGAUUUCACGUUGAAAGAACUAAAGUCAUUGAGGGUGAGACAGAGGUACCCAUUCCGGGAUCAAAAAUAUAAUGGGAAAUUUCACAUCAUUACCUUUGAAGAGUACAUUUCAAUUGCGCUGGAUGCAACCAGAGUUGUUGGUAUAUACCCUGAGAUUAAGAACCCUGUAUUCAUCAAUGAACAUGUGAAGUGGCCAAAUGGGAAGAAAUUUGAGGAUAUGUUUGUAGAGACGCUUAAGAAGUAUGGAUAUAAAGGUUCAUAUAUGUCGAAUGAAUGGAAGAAGCAACCUGCAUUUAUCCAGUCUUUUGCUCCUACUUCCCUUGUGUAUGUAUCAAAUCUGACAGACUUGCCCAAAAUCUUUUUGAUUGAUGACAUCACCGUUCCGACUCAGGACACUAACCAGUCAUACUGGGAAAUUACUUCGGAUGGAUACUUUGAUUUUAUUAAGAACUAUGUAGUGGGCAUUGGACCCUGGAAAGAUACUGUGGUUCCUGUUGUGAACAAUUAUCUGCAACCACCAACUGAUCUUGUCGCCCGAGCACAUGCGCACGAUUUACAGGUGCACCCUUACACCUAUAGGAACGAGAACCUGUGUCUCCACUUCAACUUCAAUCAAGAUCCUUAUCAAGAAUAUGAGUUCUGGAUUCACAAGAUGGGAAUCGAUGGGCUCUUCACGGAUUUCACGGGAAGUCUACAAAAGUACCAGGAAUGGACCUCUCCUCUGAGUUCAAGAGACAGCUCCAAUGAGACUUCCCUAUUGCACAAAAUUGCUGUGAUGGUCUCUCCCUAUGAGAGGGUAUGAAGUGAUUCUCAUAGGUUUUCAUCAACAUGAUUCAGCUAUCAAACGGAACCUCCAGAGACACCAUACUUUUUUGUAUUUUAGAUAGAUAAACUGCG